GUGCAGACUUGGAGUCUUGCGGACUUUUGCUUUUCCUUUCGUUUCUGUGGGGGCUCCUUCAUCUUCAUCUUCGUCCAACGUGACCAAAAGUCUUGGUCGACUUCUGAUCAGAUCGCAAAAGCAGAAAAAAGUAUAUAUUGCACGGAGGAAAGAAGGAAGCAGAACAAACAGUGUACAUUGCUCGCAGCUUCACCGAGAAUCUGACCUGACGAUCUACAGUGUCUACUCUCUCUCUCUCUCGUCUUCAGUUCUUCUACUUCUUCUUUGAAUCACUUGUGUUGUGCUUGUGAACUGUUUUGUCUCAAAAGUUUGAGUUUUCUGUCACUGAUUUUCAUUGUCGGUGGCAAUUUGGUGGUAGAAUUCUCUCUUUCAAAAUUUCCGCUUCGUAUAUCUGUUUAUUUCUGGAGUUAUUUUUACGAGAAGUCGAAGAAAAAAAAAAAAGAAAUCUAUCCCAAAAAAAGUUUAAAAAGAAUGGCUGAGGUGGUGAUGAAUAUUGCUUGUUCUAUUGUUCCGGAACUUGUAAAGAAACCGGUUGUAGCCAUUGGGCGUGAGGUUGGAUAUCUGUUUCACUACAACCGCAACAUCGCCGAUCUGAGAAAUCAUAUCACGAAUCUGAAGGAACUUCGAGUCUACGUCCAAGGAAAAGUUGGUGAAGCCCACAGAAAUGGAGAAGUCACCAUACCUGAAGUUGACGAAUGGCUUCGAACGGUGAACAUAGUAAUUGAAGAGUACGGCGAGCUUUUACAUGCUGAAGAACUUGUGGUAAACAACAAGUGCUUUAUUGGAUUGUGCCCCGACCUGAAGUCACGCUACAAAGUAAGCAAGAAGGCCAAGAAGGGGAUUUCAAUUGCUGCUGAGUUCGAAAAUAAAACCAGUUUCUACAGAGUUUCUGUCCCUGCACCUCUGCCAACUCUGCCUAGCUUGGGCUCUGUAUAUUUUGAGUCUAGAGAAUCGACUUUUGCAAUGAUUGUUGACGCACUUAAAGAUGAUGAAAUCAACAUCAUUGGGGUGUGGGGGAUGGGGGGUGUUGGAAAGACCACAGUAGUCAAAGAAAUUGCAAAGUAUGCUGAGAUUAACCACCUCUUUGACGAGGUAGUGAUGGCAGUGGUGUCCCUAACGCUAGACAUUAGGAAGAUUCAAGAUCAAAUUGCUGACAUGUUGGGAUUGCAUAUGGAUGUAGAGAGUGACUAUGGCAGGGCAGGUCGCUUACAUGAAAGAAUAAAGAGAGCGAAGAGAAUAUUAAUAAUCCUGGAUGAUGUGUGGGAAAGCCUUAGUUUGGACGCUAUAGGAAUUCCUCACAGUCAUGCUCAUAAAGGGUGCAAAAUUGUUUUGACAUCCCGAAACGAACGUGUAUGUGUUGAGAUGGACGCUCAGAAGUGCUUUUGCAUCAACGUCUUAUCUAAGUCAGAUGCAUGGACUUUAUUCAAGAGAACAGCAGGUAAUAUUGAGGAGUUGCCAGAUGUUCUUCCAAUUGCAAAAGAGGUAGCUCAAGAGUGCGCAGGCUUGCCACUUGCAAUUGUUACUGUUGCAAGAGCUUUGAGGGGUAAGAGUGAUGUUGUAUGGAAGGAUGCACUUCACCAACUAAACAAGUCAGUCUCGAGAACUAUCAGUGGCGUGCAUGAUUAUAUGUAUGUGUCCCUACAGUUAAGUUACGACUAUUUGGAAAGUGAAGAACUCAAACAUUUUUUCUUGCUAUGUUGUCUAUUUCCAAAAGGUUAUGAUAUUCCGAUCGAGUCUAUAGUGAGAUAUGGAAUGGGUUUAAGGUUGUUUGAACAUAACAGCACUUUGGUAGAAUUGAGAGUCGGAGCACAAACAAUGUUUGAAGUCCUUAAAUCAUGUUCUUUGCUAUUGGAUGGCAAUGUCGAAGAAUCCAUUAGAAUGCAUGAUAUUGUUAGAGAUUUUGCUAUAAAGGUGGCAUCUAGAGGAGAGCAUGCUUUCUUGAUAAGAGCAGGUUGGAAAUUGACAGAAUGGCCAAAAGUUAAGGCAAUCGAGCAAUAUAGAGUAAUCUCACUAAUUGAGAAUCCUAUUCAAGAAUUCUCCUCUGGUAACAGUUGUCCAAACCUUGAAAUGUUGCUGUUGCAAUGUGAAUCUGAUUCAGUCAAGAUUUCGGGCGAUUUUUUUGAUGCAAUGACAAACCUGAAAGUUUUAGACAUAAGGCAGAUGUCUAUUCCACAAAUGCCAACUUCCCUCGGAUGUUUAAAGAAACUUCGAACGUUAUGCCUACAGAGUUGCAAGGUACCAGAUUUGUCGGUGAUUGGAAAUUUGAAGGACCUUGAAAUUCUCAGCAUUGCUGAUCCUGAUGUUGUGGAAUUACCGUUGGGAUUCAGACAACUCAUUAAGCUGAGGCUCUUAGAUUUGACAGAUUGUCAGAAGUUAAGAAUAAUUCCACCUGGUGUCAUGUCGAGCUGGACCCUUUUGGAAUGCUUAUACAUGAGAAACAGUUUCAAGGACUGGGGUGUUCACAGUCAAGACAAGGAAACAAGUAAUGCGAGCCUUACAGAGUUGAAAGCUUCAUCUUGCUUAAAAGGCUUAGAAAUGCAUAUCCCAGAUGCCGAGCUUUAUCCAAAAGAUCUUGUAUUUGAUAAUUUGCUAGAAUUUAAAAUUACCAUAGGCAACAAUUUUGAUCAGCAUUAUGCAUCUUCAUACACGACAAACUUGAAACUCGAAACUUGUCAAGGUAUUGCUCUAGAAGGUGGUGGGGUUAAUAUGCUGUUGAAAAGGGCUCAAUUAGUGGUCCUAAAGGAUUUGGGGGUUGUGGGGAAUGUCCUCUGUGAUUUGACUGACAAUGGAUUUUCAGAUUUGAAGUGUUUGAGGGUUGAUGACUGUCAUGGGACUGAAAAUGUGGUUAACACAAACGAAUGGAUGCCACCUUGUGUCUUUCCUGUGGUGGAGGUAUUAGACCUCAGUUACAUGUGUAACUUGAGAGAGAUAUGCCAGGGCCAUCUCCCAUCUAGAUCUUUUUGUAAACUACGUGAGUUGAGGCUAUUCGAAUUACCUGCAUUAAUAAAUUUGUGGGAUGAUCCCAUUGGAAACUCGUGCUUUGGCAGUCUAAGGGUUGUAACAAUCUCUGAUUGUGAUGAAUUGAAACAUCUUUUUCGGCAAUGUAUAGCAGGAGGUCUUCGGCAGCUUGAAGAACUAGAUGUUAGGUCAUGCUCAAAUAUGGAAGAAAUACUUGCAAAAGAUGGAGAAGGAGCAGUGGCACAAGAGAAUGUAAUUGUUUUCCCGGAGUUAAAGUCCAUGAAGCUUGUGGGUCUGCCAAACCUCAUGAGGUUUUGCCACAAGACAAAUAUUUUACCUUCAGACAGCAGUCUUGAUGAUCCUGCACAAGAACCUCUCUUUGACAGAAAGGUUGUGUUUCCUGCCUUGGAGGAAUUGGAUCUUUGGGGACUUUACAACAUCAAAGACAUAUGGCAUAUACAAUUGCUUCCCACUGAGAGCUUCUGCAGAUUAAGAAAACUGUCAAUAGGUUACUGUGAAAACCUAAUCACAGUUAUUCCACCUGGUGUGGGAGAGUGGCUGAAAAAUCUAGAAGAAUUCUCUGUUUGGGAUUGUGAUUUGGUGGAGGAGGUAUGUGAAGAUCAUGAUCUGACACUACCUCAGAUUAGGGUAUUUCGGCUGUUGGGUUUACCAAGACUGAAGCAUAUCUGGUGGAACAAGGUCUCCUCCAGAUUUUAUAGCUUACAGAAUCUCAAAACAUUGAGAAUCUACAGAUGCAAAGGUCUGAAAUAUCUGUUCUCUGUUUCUGCAUCGAAAGGUCUCAAACAACUCCAAACUCUAAAGAUAGGCAAAUGUGACAUGAUGAAAGAGAUAGUUGCAGCAGAAAGCCAAGAGGAAGAUUACGAUGUUGACACAAUUGUGUUUCCUCAAUUACAAACCCUUGAAAUUAAAUACAUGCUGCAACUCACAAGUUUCUACCAGGGGAAUUGUACUUUACAGUUUUUAUCACUGGAGAAAUUGAUGCUUGAAAAAUGUCCCUUGAUGAAAACGUUCACAGAAAAGCCAAUAGACGCAAGUACCACUACACAACACUUUUUUAGUGACCAGAGUUUCUCUGCGGGGCUCCUAAUUACACCCAAGUUACAUAAUAUAAGAUUUGGGUAUCUGGAGGAGGUGUGGAAAGGCGACCUUAACAGCACUGUUCACUUCUUAUCCAAAGAAAGGAAGCCUGGUGAAUGGGAGGGGAAAGAGGAGGGAGGAACUGUAACUGCUCAACAAUUCCAUAGCGAAAUAGUUGAAGAAGAGGAAGAUAAAGUAUGAAAUGAAAGGAAUGACUGCAGGCUUCAGGAGGUAAUAAAUAUCAACCACUUCCAAUAAAUGUCAUGAGUUAGGAUUGCUGAGGUUUUAUAUUUGUUGGCAAGGUAUGGUCUAGCUCUGUGUCAAACCGAAUCCAGUUCUUGUCAUUUCCAAUUCUAAAUACCACCCAACAUUGAAAUAUGUAAACCCAAUCUAACUCGGCCCAGGAAUUAUCUGUCAUUACUUGUUUCGCUUCUUAACCAGUAUUACAGAUUGAUUUACCUAAAUAAUCUUUGACAAUAUUAGUUAAUUAGCAAUUGAAUUGAUUUUAUGUACCGUAAAUCUACAGUAAAUGCUAUGUGGAGUGUAGAAAAGUAAAAAUUACUCAAAAAUGGAAAAUGCUAUUUGGACCUAAUUUGGGGAUCUAAUUCAAUACAACCACUAGAUUGAAAGUGGGUUCUAUCUAACAUGGGAACUCACAACUAAUCUAAUUGUUGCAUUGAAUUAGGUCUCUAUAGCAUUGCUCCUUGAAAGUGCACAAUAUGACUGUUGGAGUUCUCUAAUAUAAAUAGGUGAUAGAAUGUGGGGACAAACCUAUCCUAUAAAUGACAAAUUAUUCUCACAAUUCUUCUUCCUUGCUCUCUUUUACUAUUUCAAAGCCAAUUUUCAUCUACUGUGCACUUCAAUGUGGUAUCAUAACAUCAAUCUGGAGAAGAAAUCAUAAAAAAUGCAACUCAAGACUAUGAAGAGAAACUACUAUAUCGAUUGUUGACAUCAUCGUUCAGCAUGCUGACGUUAGAACUUUAAGGAGAUCAAAAUUAAGGCAUUGGGUCGGCUCUUUAUGUUGAUUUUUAUUGUGAUUUUUGUUAUUUGAACCCAUUUGGUUGGCUUUGUUUUAUUGUUUGAAUUUUUUUGGAGAAAUAGGUGUUGAUUUUUCAAUCCGUUUGUUUGGCAUAAUCCAAGCAGUUUCAAUGCUUCAACCUGUCUCUAAGGGGUGCAGCUAAGCCUUAGAAAUCUUGUUUGGAGUGACCCCUGCGUGUUUGGAAUGUUUGGGAAUGGUUUUUGGGCCAUCACAGUGUUCAGAUUGUCAAACUCUGUGUACAGAUUCUUUUUUGUGGUUUGGAAUGGUCUUUUUAGUUGGUUCUGCACUGUUUGGGUUGGUCCUUCUCUGUUUGAUUCUAUAUAGUCAUUGUUUGAGUUCCUGGACUGCCUGCUUUGUUUGACUUCUAUACUGUUUGGCCUUUGGGAGUUGCCAUGUCUCUCUGGCUUGUUGGGAAUUUUUAUAUACUAUUCGUGAGUUUAGAUCAGUCUUGUUACUAAUUGGUUGGUUGUGACCUUAAAGGACACUCAAGAUGGUGUCAAAGGUCAUCCUGUGGAUGAUCAAGUUAGAUAGAUUACCUCUAUGAAGCUGAAUGACAGUAAUGUCACCCGUAAUCUCAUGAUAUUGAGGUUUUCCUGUGAUCAAUGUUUGGAGUGGCAUUGCUUUCCUCAAUGGAUCUUAAAGCAGGCAAUACUUGUGGAGUCAUUUCCACCAAAAUAAUGUCAUCAACAUACACAAUGAGAGUAAUGACACCUGUAGAAGAAUGACAUGUAAAAAUAUAAUGGUUUGACGUUGAGUGUUGAAAAUUAUACUAAAGCACACAACAAUACUAAAUUUAUAGAAUCAUGCAUGGGGGAUUGGUGCUUUAUUCAGACAACAUACUAACUGCUCCUUACUGGGAACAACAUAACUCGACAGUUGAACUAUACAAAUUCUUCCUGUAGAUCCCUGUGUAGCUAGAUAUUUUUAAUGAAUAGUUGAUAUAGAGGCCAAUCAAAAUUCACAACAUAAAAUAGAAUUCCACAGUUAAAACAAGUAACGGGUAAAAAUGUUUUGGAAUGAUCUACCUCAUAUGUCUAGGUGUAGCCCUCUGCAACAAUAAUUUUUUUAGGUGCUCAACAGAGUCAUCUGGAUGAUACUUCACAAUAUAUAGACUGAGCAACAGGUAACAAGCCACUUACUAGAAGGAAGAACAAUCAAGUAUUCAUAUUCGCAUACAUAUCUAGUUUCCAUGUAGGCGAUGUGAAGGCCUGUUUGAAGGAACUAGGAACACACACAUAAUACAACAAUGAUGCAGCACAACGAAGAGAAGAGUAAAGUCUAUGGAAAGAAACAACAAUAGAAAUAGGUGUUUUGUGCAGCUAUAAGUACCUUUUCACAAAGCAAUGGGCAAACCAGGAGAUCAAGAAAUAGCAGAUGUCUUCAUAAGAAGGACCUCAGUAGGACUAGGCAUUGACACUAGAGAGCAUAUGGAAUAAACUGUUUGUUUUUGGACUGAUGGUAAACUUGGAGUGGAGGAGUAGACACAGGAGGUGAAGGAUACAGCGGAUCGGGCAUAGUAGGUAACAUAAGCUUAGGAGAUAUUAAAGCAUGAGUUAGUAUAUGUCCCAACAUUGUGAAAAAUGGAGAUGACUUGAAGAAGGUAUCAUUUCCACUAAUAAUAUAGUUUCCCCAGGAGACAGGAUCAUAACACUGUAACCUUUCCAAAUAUAGAAAUAUCCUAGAAAGGUACACUUAAUACCAGCGAGUUAUUUGCUCUCUCAUCUUUUGCAAAGUAAUGUCUAGUUGCAUGCGUCUCUAAGCUUGCUCUACCAGCAAGUAGAUUGUGGCUCUCAAUUUAGGGGCCAAUAAUGUAUAAUACAAAAUGGUUGUUAACUUUUCUUAUCCUUAUUCUUCCUUUCCUUUUUUCUUUAUAUUUUGUAAGUAAAAAAGAACUUCCCAUAUAGUAGCAGGUCUAAAACUCCAAUUAUAACCUUUGUUUCAAGAUAUAUGAAUAGAACCUUGUAAAUUUGAUAGCCUUUCUUGAUGCUCAUGCUAAAGACCAAUGCACAGCCAAGUAAAAACACCUUGUGGAAGUAUCUCUGGGCUCUGUCAUUGCCACCAUUGCCCCGUGUUCAAGUUUCAAGAGCUGAUUUUGAUAAAGGACUAUCUAUUCUAAAAGCUUAAGAUAAUAGAGAUAUGUGUAACAGAUAUAUUUUUAUUUCAACGGAUUUUAAUUGAUGGCAUUGUCACCCUUUCUGGUAGGUGAAUGUGAAAAUUCCUUUAGAUCAGGGGAAACAAAAAAAAAAAAAAUUUUUAAAUCCAUGCAAAUGAUGGUAAGUUUCCCUAGUUUCAUGCAAAUAUCUUGAAAUAUUCUUUUUCAAGUUAAUUCACAAGAAAAUUAUACUUUUUGGUCAUUGUUAUUAAAACUAAACUUGGCUCAGUAGUUCAACUUUGUAACCUGGUGAACCGGGUGAUUAAACCGGACUAGCUUAUCAGUUGAACCAUUUUUGCAUAAACCCAUGGAAAACCCGAAUGACCCAGGCAGGUUUACAUAAACCCGUGGGAACUCGCACGACUCUGGUUUGUUAGAAUCGGAAGGUUUUUAUUCUUCUACAAAAUGGAUUUUUGAUACUUUAUCUUCUAGUUUUAAGCCCCAAAACCCUCCUCUCUCUCUCUCUCUCUCUCUCUCUCUCCUAGUCUUCCGAAUCCAUUCUCUUGGAUUGCAUCUCUCGCAGACUUUCACUCAAUCGCUCCAUCUCUGUCACUCUUUCAACCAAUCGCUCCAUCUCUCUUAGCCACUCAAACCUCACUGUCUCAGUUGUUCCUCCUUUGAUUUGAACUUUGAAGGUUAGUUUCUUACUACUCUAGAAUUCCGUUUUGAUGUUUGUUGUGUUAGAUUUGAAUUUUUUUUGGCUUAAUUCGUUUGACACUUGUUUUGUGGGGUGUUUUGAUUUAAUUUAUUUAUUUGAAUUAUAUGCUUGCAAUCUUGAAAUGUGUUCAUUGUCCUUGUUGAUGUAUAGGUUGUUCCUGUUUCACCGUUCUCAUAAUUUUUUGGGUAUAUAGAUUACAAUGGUUCUCUUGUUGUCUUCAUGAGUUAUGAACUUUGCCAGGAGGGCUCCCUUCUCUUUUGGAUAAAAAGAGUGCAUUUGCGGAAAAGAAAAAGGUUACUCCAGCUUCAAACCGUCUAUGAUAUAUCCUCGCACACCCUUGUAACUACAACUUGUCAAGUUGUGCCCAUAUUUGCGGAUUCAAACAUGAAGGGAGGUUAGGGGAAUUUGCGAGAACUGAAAUACAUUGUGAUUGUUCAUGCGUUAUGAUAACAGUAGUUUGUCUAAUAUUAUGCUUAUUGCAUUGCCCUAUAUGUAGGAAACUAUAUCGUAUAUGUCUCAAUGUCUGUAUGUGCCAUAAUUCCUAUGUGACCAUUAUAAAUGUGCACAUCUGUGCAAGCAUCCAUGAUGUUUUUCCGUGUUUGUUGCAGAGCAGU